GUGUAUGAACUUGAGGAGCAAGGGUACAUCAAACCUUGUUCCAAGAGCCGCAGACAUCAGAGCUUUAGAGAGAGAGUGUGCUAGAAAAAGAAGAGAAGAAGAGCAACAAGCUCAACUGCAGACACUGGAAGCUGCAAUGGAAGAACAACAAAAUCCUCAGAACCCCAAUGGACCUCAACAGCGACCAGCUCGCCCCAUUGGCACUUAUGACCGCCCCAACAUCCAUGGUCCUAGACUUGGAAUCCGAGCACCAGCUGUGGCUGCUAACAACUUUGAGAUCAAGUCAGGACUGCUAAACUGCAUAGAGAACAACAAGUAUCAUGGUCUGGCUGUGGAGGACCCAUUUGAUCACUUGGAUAAGUUUGACAGCUACUGUGGUAUGUCAAAGACUAAUGGUGUGUCAGAGGAUGCUUUAAAGCUCAAGCUAUUCCCUUUCUCUUUGGGGGAUAAGGCACGUCAGUGGGAGAAGUCUCUACCAAGUGACUCCAUCACCACUUGGGAAGACUGCAAAAAGGCAUUCUUGGAGAAGUUCUUCUCUACCUCAAGAACUGCUAAGUUGAGGAAUGAGAUCUCCAGCUUCCAACAGAAGAACUUGGAAGGAUUCAGUGAAGCUUGGGAGAGAUUCAAUGGUUACCAAGCUCAGUGCCCACACCAUGGAUUCUCUAAGGAGAGCUUGCUGAGCACAUUCUACAGAGGUGCUCUUCCUAAGUACAGAGCCAGACUGGAUACAGCUAGCAAUGGGUUCUUUUUGGGGAGAACUGAGGAAGAGGCAGAGGCUCUGGUUGACAACAUGGUUAAGAGUGAUGCAGUCUACAGUGGAGACCAUGACAGAAGCAGCAGAGGUGAUGACAAUCAAACAAGGAAUGAGAUAAAGGCUCUUCAGGAGAAGAUUGACAAACUCAUUGCUGAUAAGGCCACACAAGCGCAGGUGAACUUUGUUGGUAACCCACAACAGGAGAUACCUCCUACUGUCAAUGAGGUUGAGGGUUUGGAAGGGCAAGAAGAAUUGUGUUUCAUCAACAGUAAUGGUAGCUGGUACAAGAAGGAACCCAACUUUCAGUACAACAACUACCAACAGAAGCCCUAUUCAAACAACCAGCAGAGUGGUUAUCAGCCUCGAAACAACCAGCAGAGCAACUAUCAGCCUCAGCAAAACUCCUCUCCUAGCUCCUCUGCCCCUCAAGAGAGCAGCACUGAUGCCUUACUGAAACAGAUCUUGGAGUCUCAGACUAGAAGUGAGAAGCAUGUGGGCUAUGAGCUGAAGAACCUUCACUCCAAGAUUGAUGGGAGCUACAAUGAGCUCAACAACAAAUUCUCCCACCUUGCUUCUUCUGUCAAGAAUUUGGAGAAUCAGUUUGCUUCCAUGAGCACCCACCAGAAUCGCCAGCAAGGAUCUCUACCUGGAAAAUCAGAUCAAAACCCCAAGGAAGCAAAAGCUGUCACACUUAGGAGUGGUAAGCAGUUGACUCCUAGAACCCUCACCAAGGAUGCUGAGAAACAAGGUGAGGAGGUGGCCAUCAAUCUAGAUGAUGAAGUGGUCAUUGUUGAUGAGAAGACAGAUGAUGAGAUCUUGGAGAAGAUUGAGAAAGCCAAGGGUAAAGGAAAGGUUGGAGAAGAGAAGAAAACAACAAAAGAUGGUGAAUCUGCUGCUCCAGCAAGUGAGAGCUCUCCUGUCCCCCCUCCCUAUGAACCAAAGCUUCCAUUCCCUGGUAGAUUCAAGAAGCAGCUGCUACAGAAGUACAAGGCUUUGUUUGAGAAGCAGAUGAGUGAAGCUCAGGUUACAAUGCCCAUCAUUGAUGCUUUCAUGCUGAUUCCUCAAUACAGCAAGUUCCUGAAAGAUGUUGUAGCUGCUAAGAAGAAGGAGAUGGAGGGCAUGAUGGUUCUGAGUCAUGAGUGCAAUGCCAUCAUUCAGAGGCUUGAUGCUCCAGAGAAGCUAGAGGAUCCAGGAUGCUUCACACUCCCUUGUGCUCUUGGACCUAUGGUAUUUGAGAAAUGUCUCUGCGAUUUGGGAGCUAGUGUCAGCUUGAUGCCUUUGUCUGUGGCAAAGAAGCUUGGCUUCACUCAAUACAAGAAGUGUAGACUCUCUCUGGUGUUGGCUGAUCGUUCAGUGAAGUACCCUGUGGGCAUCCUAGAGAACCUCCCUGUGAAGAUUGGAAGGUAUGAGAUACCUACAGAUUUUGUGGUGCUUGAAAUGGGUGAGGAGGCUCAAGACCCAUUGAUUCUUGGAAGGCCAUUCUUAGCUACAGCAGGAGCUAUUGUGAAUGUGAAGGAAGGCAAGAUUGACCUCCAUUUGGGCAAGGAGAACAUCCUCCACUUUGACAUCAAGGAGAAAAUGAGGAACCCCACUGUAUUUGGACAAGCCUUCACCAUUGAAGAGAUGGGCCCUCCUGCUGAUGAUCACUUUGAUGAGCUACCACCUGAGGAAGAUGGGGUGUCAACUCCACUUUCUGCACCUACUCCAGCCUGA